UGCAUGACAACUUCACCGCUCCCGGUGACUUCUAUGUAUACAGAUGGAGAGGAAGAGAGGGUAAGACAGAGAGAUGUCGAGAGGGGAGAGAAGGCGAGACACAUGCAGUACUGCCUCACCAAUCAUAAAGCUUCCUCCUGCAAAUGAGGGCUGGGUGCUUCAACCAGGGUCCUCACACAUGAGAAGAAUGCCUCAAGCCCGUCCAGUCUCCAGGGGACUCUUCCUGGACACUUUCCUGUAUGAGCAUAUCCCAGAGGCAGUGGACAUCCCAGGCAUGACGGUCAUGGCCUACAGUGAGCCUGAGUCCUCUCCAGACAGAGAUAGCCACAACCGCUUCAAUGAUGUGGCCAUGCGGCUGGCCUUCAUCGGGGACGAGAUGGAAUUGAGAUGGACAAUGCUCCACCUCGGCCAGCUGCCUGGGAUGACUGUGCACAGCCUGGCCUUUACCUACAGCCAGACAGGUGUGAGGGGCGUUCUCCGAAGUUUUGUGGAGAGUCUCGCUAACCUCAGGGAGAACAUAAGGUUCUGGAGCUUCCUGGUCUUUAGGAACAGGAUGGCCCCCAGCCUGGAGCGUGACAUGAUCUUGUCCUUGGUGCUGCUGCUGGUGCUGUGGGGACUCCACCUGCUGUGACUCCCACUGGCUGCUGGGCAGCUGGGGCUGGCCCCCUCCCCCCGCCCUCUCACCACCCUGGAGGUGGUCCUGGUUUUUUUGUUGUUGUUGUUGUUCUGUUGUCUUUUUAACUGUUUUCUGAUCCCCUUUUUUAAAUAUUUAAACUCUGAGUGCUGGGACACUACUGAGGUUUGAUACUAGUUUUGUUUCUUCCUUUUUUAAAAAAAAAUUAAGAGAGAAAUGAAUUCACUAUACCACUGGGGUUGUUGCUGGUUAACUGCCACGCCAAGGCCUGACUGGGCCUACUCCCACUUGGACCCCACGCUCUGGGCCCCAGCCCACCCGAGAAGGACUCUUCCUCUCCUGGGUGUCGGGGGGAGUGCUGGUCGCACCCCCGUGUUUGUGGUGCCCUUGGCAGAGAAAGAAUCUACUGGACUAGAUUUCUGAGGGGUGGGGAGAACCCAAUAAAAUGUUGGUUUCCAGCCA